CACAUGGGUUAGCGGAAGGGAGGGAAGGUGCAGAUCUUUUGCACAGGGUAGGUGCAGAGGCGCACAGGGUAGGUGCAGAGGCGCACAGGGUAGGUGCAGAGGCGCACAGGGUAGGUGCAGAGGCGCACAGGGUAGGUGCAGAGGCGCACAGGGUAGGUGCAGAGGCGCACAGGGUAGGUGCAGAGGCGCACAGGGUAGGUGCAGAGGCGCACAGGGUAGGUGCAGAGGCGCACAGGGUAGGUGCAGAGGCGCACAGGGUAGGUGCAGAGGCGCACAAGGUAGGUGCAGAGGCGCACAGGGUAGGUGCAGAGGCGCACAGGGUAGGUGCAGAGGCGCACAGGUCCACCCUUUCCCUUGACUCUCGCAACCCUCCUCCCCUCCUUCCUCAACCCUCUCGCGUGGAGGAUGAGGUGCUGCGGGCGCGGCUGCUGGAGGCAGAGGGGGAGGCAGCGGCCUGUCGGUCAGCAGAGGGCAACGAGGAGCGAGUGGAGGCGAUGAGAGGGCAGGCGGAGCAGCUGGAGAGGUAG